AUGGUUUUUGUUUUUAUUUUUUUAUUUUUAAUAAUAUAUUUUUUCCAUAAACUACUUAGGAGUCAAUUUUUUAACAGUAAUAAAAACGAAUCAUUCCUUCAACAAAUACCUGGUCCAUUUAACUUUCCUAUUAUAGGAGGAGUUUAUUUAUUAGAUAGAAAUAAUUUACACUUAUCUUUUGACAAAUUAUAUAAAAAGUAUGGUAAAAUUUUUUCAAUCAAAUUUGGUGUUGUAAAUACAGUAGUUUUAAAUGAACCAGAUAUUAUUUUUGAAGCUUUUCAUAAAAAUGCCAAUUUUUUCAGUGACAGAUAUAUGCUACCUUCUAUCAAUAUAUUAAGUGGAAAUGGUUCUAAUAUAGCCUUUUCCAAUGGAGAGUAUUGGAAAAAAAUAAGAUCGGAAUUUAGUUCAUUAAUUACUAAAUCAAAAAAUAAAAAUUUAGAAACAGAAUUUAACAAACAUUAUUUUAAUUUUGAAAAUUUUUUAUCAGGCUAUAUUAAAAAGAAUGACACUAUUUAUAUAAAACCAUUUAUUAUGACAUAUACAUUUAAUGUUGUAUAUGGUUUGAUUUUUAAUGAAUCGGUAGAAUAUGAACAGGAAUUAAUACCUAAAGAAAUUUCCGAUUUUAUCCAAAGCCUAUUUGACGUUUUAAAAGAAACCACCCUUUGCCCUGAUUAUUUACCUUUUUUAAUAUAUUUUAAAAAUUACGAUCAUUUAAAAGAAAUGACAAAAAAAAUGAUAGCAAAUGUUAAUCCUAAAAUCAAAAAAAUAUUAAAUGAAAUGGAUGAAUCCAACCCUAAAACACUUUUAGAAAAUUUAAUAGUCUCUAUAAAAAAUGACAAAGAUAAUAUUUUAAAAAUAGAACAUUUAGACCAUAUUGUUGUAGAUUUAAUAUUAGCAGGAAUGGAGACAACAGGAGGGGUUAUUGAAUGGAUGGUUUUAAACCUAACAAAUAAUAUAGAUAUCCAAAAUAAACUAUAUAAAGAAUUAUUAAGCAACAAUUUCUUAUCUUAUCCAUCUAUAAAUGAAGCCUCUAACUAUCCAUACUUCAAUGCUUGUGUGAAAGAAACAAUGAGAAGAUCACCAAUAGCAUCAAUGGGACCCCCAAGGCUAUGCACAAAGGAUAUCGAGAUUGGAGGUUACAUUAUUCCCAAAGGAACCCAGAUAUUUUCGAAUCUUUACUCUUACUCAUUUUCAGAAAAGUUCCAUAAAGAUCCUUUUUUAUUCAAACCAGAAAGAUUUAUAGAGUGUCCAAACACCCCUAUUUUAAUUUUUAAUUUAGGAUCGAGACAAUGCCCCGCUAAAGGAAUGGCUGAGAGUGAAAUAUUUGCAUUUGGUACCAAAUUAUUUAAAAAGUUUUUGUUUACAUCACCAAACGAUCAAGUAAUAGAUGACAAACCCCUAUUCCACGUAUCUCUAACACCCAAAAAGUGGUUAGUUAAAAUAACAGAAAGAUAA